CUCUUAGCCUGUCCCCCCUGUCAUCUUCAGUUCCUCCUUAUAUGAGAGCUUGAGAGGCAAUAUUAGUGAUAGCUGACAGCAGGCGAGCCAGUGCAGAAGGCGUGGAAGGACUGUAUAUGUUGUUUGGUGCUGGUGAACAGAGCCUUUUAUUGUUAGAAGAGAAUCAGAGGAGUUUGUGGAAACUACCUGAACAGCUGGAUGGUUAACGGAACAGUGGAGGCGCACGUUCAAAUCCAAGCUCGUCGUCAUCGCCCCAAAGCCCUUUGACCUGUGAACGGGGGAGCGCGACUCGGCGGCAUGGCCGAGGGCGGCGUGGGCACCGGCCCCCAGGUGUUCGUGGUGGACAGCCAGGCUGCCUGCGUCUCCAUGCCCGCUGAGAGGAAGCCGAGCUGGGCCAGAGUGAGCCACAAGUGUCUCCUCCUGCUGGUGGGACUGGCCGUGCUGGGACUUGUUGUCGAGGGAGUUUUUAUCUAUAAUCUUUACAAGAGAACAGAGCUGGCAUUUUUAUCAUGUGGGUCUCAUCCACCCUGUCACAACCUGUCUAAUCCUGAGAAACAGCAGGGCACCAUAAUGACACAAGUGGGCGUUAAAGACUCCAAUGAGAUUCCUCUUGUGCAACCACACAAGGAGACCCAACAGAGGCCCUUUGCUCACUUGAUAGGCUCCAGUGGCUUCAUAGGGAAGGCAAAUGUGGUGCAGUGGAUCAGUGAAGGGGGCGAAGCCAUCACCAACAACAUGAACUACAGCAAUGGCACCCUGAUAAUUGAGAGGGAAGGUUACUACUACCUGUACUCCAAAAUACAAAUACAUGCAAAAGAUUGUGUCGUCAACCAGCACAAGGUUAUGAAAGACACGCGUGCCUAUGGAAUACCAAUAGAACUCAUGAAAUCAAAAAGGAAUUGCUGCAAGACACAGAGCCAAAAGUCCAAGGAGACAAGUCCGAAGCCUUCUGAAGUGGACGACAUUUGGAACAGUUUUCUGGCUGGGAUCUUCCACCUACAGAGAGGAGAUAAAAUCUUUGUCAGUUUGGAGAACGAACAUAGUUUUCUUCCGGGAAAUGCUUACACCUUCAUGGGGGCUUUCAUGAUUUCUCCUUAGUAAUAUGUACAUGUGUAUGUAUAUAUAUGGCAAACUUUUAAAUUAUAUAAUAUAUAACCUAAUGUAUUUUAUUUGACAAAUGAGCUUAGUCUGGCUGGCCACAUCUGGCCUGUGUUCGCAGAGACUGGGUGACAGGUGGGGUCAGGGGCAAACCCAGGGCAGGUAUUAGACCACGCUGAUACGUGCACCCUGUGACUGUGCCACCAUACAUGAAUUUGGAAAAGCAACUAAUAGUUGUGCUAUUGUGAACUAUAUCUGAUAUUCAGAUUGUACAAUCUUACUUGAUUUUGUCACUUUCACCUUGUUACGUAUUUAGUUCUUUUAAUAAAAUACAGUUUCUUAUAAAAACAAAAA